AAGCUCACAAGUAUGCUUCUGUCCUUUCAGACAGUCCUCAAAGAGGGCAUGCUGACCAAACAGAACAACUCGUUCCAGCGGUCCAAGAGGAGAUACUUCAAGCUUCGAGGGCGAACACUGUACUACGCCAAAACUGCAAAGUCGAUCAUAUUUGAUGAAGUGGACCUGACGGAUGCCAGUGUGGCAGAAUCUAGCACCAAAAAUGUCAACAACAGCUUCACAGUCAUCACUCCCUGUAGGAAGCUCAUCCUGUGUGCUGAUAACAGGAAGGAGAUGGAAGAUUGGAUCGCAGCUCUCAAGACUGUCCAGAACAGGGAGCAUUUUGAGCCUACUCAAUACAGUAUGGACCAUUUCUCAGGGAUGCACAACUGGUAUGCCUGUUCCCACGCACGACCGACCUAUUGCAACGUGUGUCGUGAGGCUCUGUCUGGGGUCACAUCUCAUGGGCUAUCGUGUGAAGUGUGUAAGUUUAAGGCUCACAAACGAUGUGCUGUGCGCGCAACCAAUAACUGCAAGUGGACCACGCUGGCCUCUAUUGGGAAGGACAUCAUUGAGGACGAGGACGGGAUUGCCAUGCCCCACCAGUGGCUGGAAGGAAACCUGCCUGUGAGUGCCAAGUGCACUGUGUGUGACAAGACCUGUGGCAGUGUGCUGCGCCUGCAGGACUGGCGCUGCCUGUGGUGCAAGGCCAUGGUUCACACAUUGUGUAAAGAGUCCUUGGUGACAAAGUGCCCGCUUGGCCUGUGCAAGGUGUCUGUCAUCCCUCCCACAGCACUCAACAGCAUUGACUCUGAUGGGUUCUGGAAAGCCACUUGUCCCCCAUCUUGCACAAGCCCACUGCUGGUCUUCGUCAACUCCAAAAGUGGGGACAAUCAGGGUGUGAAGUUCCUCAGAAGAUUCAAGCAGCUGCUGAACCCCGCCCAGGUCUUUGACCUCAUGAAUGGAGGACCACACCUCGGCUUACGGUUAUUCCAGAAGUUUGACACCUUCCGGAUUCUGGUUUGUGGCGGGGAUGGCAGUGUUGGCUGGGUCCUCUCUGAAAUCGACAGCCUCAACCUUCACAAACAGUGUCAGCUGGGCGUGCUGCCCCUUGGGACAGGAAAUGACUUGGCCCGUGUGCUUGGCUGGGGCUCUGCCUGUGAUGAUGACACCCAGCUCCCACAGAUCUUGGCAAAGCUGGAGAGAGCCAGCACUAAGAUGCUGGAUAGGUGGAGUGUCAUGGCAUACGAGACUAAGCUCCCUCGGCAGGCCUCCUCCUCUACUGUCACUGAGGACUUCAGUGAGGAUUCUGAGGUGCAGCAAAUUCUCUUCUAUGAAGAUUCAGUUGCAGCCCAUCUUUCUAAAAUCCUGACCUCGGACCAGCACUCAGUGGUGAUCUCAUCAGCCAAAGUGCUCUGUGAGACAGUAAAGGACUUUGUGGCUCGGGUGGGCAAGGCCUAUGAGAAGACGACAGAGAGCUCACGGGAGUCGGAGGUCAUGGCCAAGAAGUGCUCUGUCUUGAAAGAGAAGCUGGACUCGCUCCUCAAGACCUUGGAUGACGAGUCUCAGGCUUCAUCCUCUCUGCCCAACCCACCUCCCACCAUUGCUGAGGAGGGUGAGGACGGGGACGGGUCAGGCAACAUCUGUAGCUCUGCCGGGGACCGCCUGGUAGGCUCGGCAUGCCCCUCUCGGCCACAGAUCUUCCGACCUCGGGAGCAACUCAUGCUGAGAGCAAACAGCCUGAAGAAAGCAAUUCGUCAGAUCAUAGAACACACAGAGAAAGCUGUAGAUGAGCAGAACGCCCAGACUCAGGAGCAGCAGGGCUUCAUCUUGGGCCUCUCCGAGUCUGAGAAGAAGGAGCUGAAGACCGACAAUAGGAUGUGCCCACCACCUGCCCACAGUGAGAGCUGUGUGGUUGCCAAGGGGAGGAGCCACCGCAAAGCGUCUAGAGCCCCUUGUGAAAAGCUGAUGAACAAAGGUCUGGUUCUUGGCAGCUCUGCCUCCCUCCCUCCCCAGACUGGAAGCCGGGAUGGGCUGCCUGCUCUGAACACCAAGAUCCUAUAUCCAAGUGUUCGGGCAGGGAUGUCUGGUUCCUUGCCUGGGGGCUCAGUCAUUAGCCGCUUGCUAAUUAAUGCCGAUCCUUUUAAUGCUGAACCGGAAAACCUAGAGUACUACACAGAGAAGUGUGUUAUGAACAACUAUUUUGGCAUCGGCCUGGAUGCAAAGAUAUCCCUGGACUUCAACAACAAGCGUGACGAGCACCCGGAGAAGUGUAGGAGUCGGACCAAGAACAUGAUGUGGUACGGUGUCCUGGGCACCAAAGAGCUGUUGCAUAGAACCUACAGGAACCUGGAGCAGAAGGUCCUGCUGGAGUGUGAUGGGCGCCCGAUUCCCCUCCCCAGUCUUCAGGGAAUUGCUGUCCUCAACAUUCCCAGCUAUGCCGGAGGGACCAACUUCUGGGGUGGCACCAAAGAGGAUGAUACUUUUGCAGCUCCGUCAUUUGAUGAUAAGAUUCUGGAGGUGGUCGCUGUGUUUGGCAGCAUGCAGAUGGCUGUGUCCCGUGUUAUUAAGCUGCAGCAUCAUCGAAUCGCCCAGUGUCGUACAGUGAAGAUCUCCAUCCUGGGGGAUGAGGGUGUACCUGUGCAGGUGGAUGGAGAGGCCUGGAUCCAGCCACCAGGGUAUAUUCGGAUUAUCCAUAAGAACCGGGCACAGACGCUAACCAGAGACAGAGCCUUUGAGAACACCUUAAAGUCCUGGGAGGACAAGCAGAAGUGUGAGCUGUCCCGCCCACCGUCAUUCUCCAUGCACCCUGAAAUCCUGUCUGAGGAGGAAGCUACUCAGCUGGACCAGUUUGGGCAGGCUGCAGGGGUCCUCAUUCACAGCAUUCGGGAAAUAGCUCAGUCCCACCGAGACAUGGAGCAAGAGCUCGCACACGCCGUCAAUGCCAGCUCCAAAGCCAUGGAACGCGUGUACGGCAGACUCAGGACCACAGAGGGGCUGAACUGCAGCUUUGUCCUGGAAGUGGUGAAUAACGUCAGAGCACUGCGUAGUGAGACAGAGUUGCUGCUGGCUGGGAAGAUGGCCCUGCAGCUGGAUCCCCCUCAGAAGGAGAGGCUUGGUGCCGCCCUAGCUGAGAUGGACAGGCAGCUCAGGAAGCUGAUGGACACUCCCUGGCUCUGUCAGCCUGUGGAGCCUGGCGACGAAGAGAAUGUGAUGCUGGAUCUUUCUAAACGCAGCCGCAGUGGUAAAUUCCGCCUCGUGACCAAGUUUAAAAAGGAGAAAAACAAUAAGAACAAAGAAGCUCACAGUAGCCUGGGAGCCCCGGUUCACCUCUGGGGGACAGAGGAGGUUGCUGCCUGGCUGGAGCACCUCAGUCUCUGUGAGUAUAAGGACAUCUUCACGCGGCACGACAUCCGGGGCUCUGAGCUCCUGCAUCUGGAGCGGAGGGACCUCAAGGACCUCGGCGUGACCAAAGUGGGCCACAUGAAGAGGAUCUUGUGUGGGAUCAAGGAGUUGAGCCGGAGCUCCCCUGCCGCAGAGGUCUAGCCUCUGCCUUCUCAGCCUGUGUCCUCCGCUCCUGCGACUGAGGCCAGGGAGGACAGUGCCGCCCCUCGGCCCCCGGCCUUCCUCAUGGUGCUAUUCCCUCUGUGACAGGAGGCCUGAUGCCGCUGGUAACAGCUUUAUCUGGAACACACCAACACAGCUACCUUUGAGACAAUACCUUUCCCAGCUGGAGUCAUUGGGAUAGACGCUGAGGCCCACUUUGGGCUCUCACUGACCUGCUUUGUGGGCCAUAGGCAAAUGUGGUAAAGCCUGACCUGCUGGCACCUGGCACUCCUCAUGGAAACUUUCUACCCGGGCCACAUGCUCAGAUUGGUCUGAGGGCCCUUCACCAUGUGUCCUUCAUUGGAUACACCGGGCAGUACUGUCCCUGCCCCUGACGGCUCAGAAGCAGGGUUGGGCCGCUCAUCAUGGUCCACCAGAAUGUUCUCCGUGCCUGAUAGCCGCUCUCUGGUUCACAGCAGCCCCGCAGAGGCCACGCCCUGCUAUCGUCCGUUUUAUUCAUGAGCUUUUUUUUGAAAACAAGUCAUGCGCUUUCCUGGUUUGAAAGUGGCACAGGUGUGUUUCUAGGCUUGUCAUCUAGUCGGAAGAAAAAAGGCACGCCGUCCUGCCUAGGCCUGCCAGGUCUGCCAGGACUUCUUGUCCCAUCUGCUCCAGGGCCGCUGGCCCUCUUCCUGUGUCCUGAGGAUGGCUCCUCAGACGUAUGGGCCUCUGGAGGACACUGCUACCGCUCCGUGGCCUCACCUGAGGCAUAUGAGGACGUGGGUUCACACCAGUUCAGUAUUUCCAUGGAGAUAACCCUUGGGUACUGGGAAGCUACAUAUUCUGUGAGAGAACGACUUGGUUCCUAGGAGCGCCUCCCUGGGUGGCAGGUCACCUUGUGUCCUUGGGUGGCUGGGAGUCUGGGCCUGUGCUAGUUUCUUCUCUUCUGCCGUCAGGCCUGCUGUCUCUGGAGGGGUCUGUGAGGACUGGUUCAGUGGCUCAUGUUCCUGCUGUGGUCUUGCUUCAGACUCCAGCCCCAGCCCCUGGGCAGGACUGGCCCUGAAACAGUGGACAGCACUGUUGGCAGAAGCUCCUCAGGCCCAGGCUGCAUCCCGUGGCAGUCCACAGAUGGCACCCCUGGUCCUCACUGCCACUGACUGCCCUUUACCAGCAAGUGGUUGUCCCUGGGGACUUGUAAUAGCAGCUGGAAAGGGCCUUCUGUAACGCAGCUACGGCUCCUCACUCCCCGAGGACAGUGGUGUGUGCUUUUGCCAGGACUGCCUCAUCUGAUGUGAAGCUCCGGGUGUGGGUAGUCUACAGUACCCCCAGCUGGGCGGGGUUUGGGUUACAGUGGCCUGCUGCUUGCCCUACACUCCUUGGUCGUCCCCCUCACUGGCCUGUAGAGAACUGCUGUCUCAGCUGGUUGCACUCCGCCUCAGACCUAGUGUUUCACGGGAGUGGCUGUCUGUGUGUGUGAGAUCAGCUGGUGGUAAGAUGUGGGCUGAAGCCUCUCCUGUUGUGUCUUUGGACUUGGCUGCUUCACUGGAAAACAGCACUGCGUAUAGAAAUGGUUGUCACUUUUCUACCUGGGGCUGUUUCUCACUGAGCAGUCAUUUGAGACAGAAGAAGGUGGAGGGAGGGGUCAUCUAGCCACAGAAGUCACUAGGUUCCUAAAGUGGGAAAGGCAAACUGCGAGGGCAGAGCCUGUGCCUGGGACGGGACGGUCCGCUCAGAACGGCUGAACCUCACAUGAGGGAGCCCAGGGAAGAACAGCUGAUGUUGGCGCUGGGCCACCCCACGUUCUCAAAGCAUUGGGUCUGGGUAAGGAAGUUGGAGGUCAGUGGUGUCUGUUUACAUGGUCACAGGAAGUGGGGGACCAGUCUGAGUGCGGGGGACCUGCCAGGCAGCCACGGGCUUGCACUCCACAGGUGUGCCCUGGCCAUCGCCAUCUGCCCCAAGUCCCCCUGCAGCUGUUCUUCAGUCCUGGAUGCUCACGGUCCUGUCUGCAGAUGGAGAGGAGGAUACCCGAGCAACUGGAGGAAGGUUUUGUGCCUGCAGGUGGGGCUACCCUCAUAUUUAUAACCCUAAUUUAUACGGUGACCACCUGGAAGCAGAUGCCUCUUGUAUGUUAUGUACAUAGUCUACAUCAGAGUUGUAAAUAAGUCCUGCUGUGUAUAAAUAAAACAAGCCUGUUUGUUUUUGAACUUGA